AUGUCUAUGUAUGCCCUCUUUCCCUCAUUUUCUCGUCGAUGGGCUAACCUGUCACCAAAGGUCCAGGAUCUUCUUCACUCUACGGUAGACCACACUCCACACCCGACCGACCCUUCGCUACGUCAAUUCGUUACCGACACCAUCAGCGGGUACCCCCCUAGCGAGGAUGCCCGGACGUGCGUAGGGGUAAUACGGAAUAUGGGCAAGGUUCGGAAGGUUUAUGCUGCAUCCAAGAUCAUACUGAAAGAGAUGGAUCCUUCCUUGGUUCAGGCGGCUCGCAACCAUACCAAGGCCCAGAAGCGUCGAAAGAUUCUCUUGGACUACCUUGAAACCCAUUGGAAAGACGCCGGUCUCCAUUAUGCUGCCGAGUUCCAAGCUGAGGACAUGGGGCAAAACGUCUUGGAGUCGCUAAAGGCUGUGACCGGACUCGCAAUCGCCUCCGGAACGCCCUUGUCAUCUCUAUGGGAGCCAGGAGGUCCCCUGCGCAUGGCUGUCGAUGAGGUUUCCCCGCCUAGGCUCACGAGAAGUGUGGCCGAAAGAGCUGUUGCUAUGGCUAAACGAGUCAUGUCAGCUCCCACUGAUACCGGAAUCGACGCAGUCUCGACGCCCGCUGGCACCAGCUCCACGAAACGCGACCCCGUCCCGAGGGGACAUUUGUCCGUUGCCCCCCGUAUCCUCCUGAGCCCGGAGGUCGAGGUAGUCCGCAAUUCGAACGAGUCCGUCGCGAGCCACUACGAGCAUUCCCUCUGUGGAUACGAGACUGCCGAGAGCCCUCUUUCCGCGCCCGUAGCGUCUUGCUCAUCAAUCGAAGACAUCAACGUCCACAGUGACGACCUCUUUCCGGAGCCGCCUUUCCACGAAACCAUCGACCUAGAUAACAAUUUUUACCACACUGCACCCAGUGACGACGAAGAAGCAGAAGCAGAACUGGAGCCCUCGGGUUUCAACUCAGCAUCAACGUCGUUGGCAACAGACCUAGCUAAAAAGGUUUCAGCAGAGCUUUCUAGCAUGGUAUGGCUGUCUGAUGGCGUUCUCUGGGUCCUCACGCAGGCAUUCAUGCAUAUCACCGCACCGCAGUCCGUUUUAGCAGGCAGAGGCAUUUUCGUCGUUGACACUUUCUAG